UGCGCGGGGGGCGGCUCCCCCGCCCCGGCGUGCUCCGGCCGCCCCGGGGGGCUCUCCGCCCGCUUUGCGGGGGUAAAGCCGGGCGGGCGGCGGCUCCCGCUCCGUGCGGCCCCCGGAGGGGCCGCCCCCGGCCCGCCCCCGCGCUCGGCCCUACAUAGGCAGCGGCGGCGGCCACCCCGCCCGGCUCCGCCAUGGCCCUGGCGCUCCGCCUCUGCGCUGCCCCGGCGCUGACCUUGGCCCUGGCCCUGGCCCUGGCCCUGGCCCUGGCCCUGCUGCCCGCCGCCGCGCAGGACAUGGCAGGAGAUUGUCACCAGUAUACAAACAGGAGCUGUGAAGAGUGUCUGAAAAAUGUCACCUGCCUAUGGUGUGCCAGUAGUGGGAGGUGUGUGGAGUACCCCGUCCGAAGAGUCCUCCCCCCAGCUGACCUCUGUGAGCUCCGCUCUGCGCACUGGGGAGUCUGCUGGGUGAACUUUGAAGCCCUGAUCAUUGCGAUGUCUGUGGUGGGAGGAACAAUCCUUAUCAUGUUGGGGGUCUGCUGCUGCUGCUGUUGUAAGAAAAAGAGCAAAAAGCCAGACAAGGAUGAUGAGAGAGCGGCCAGGGAGCGGGAGAAGAGGCGGGUGCGGCAGGAGGAGAGGAGAGCAGAGAUGAAAUCACGGCACGAUGAAAUCCGAAGAAAAUACGGCCUGUUCAAGGAAGAGAACCCUUAUGCAAAAUUUGAGAAUUAACAACUCCAGACCUGCCCACCCCAGUGAAUGGUGCCUUCCCACAGAGCCACAGGACUCUGCUUCCCCUGCCACAAGGAGAUGACCGCGGUGCCACUUUCCACUUCAGCUGCCACAGCAGAUGAGCCAAAUGUAUGGUGACACCACUGUCCCUGCUCCAGGUGCUGUUUGCUCCAGAACUUUGCUCUUGCUCUGGUGCAGGAAAAUGUGGCGCCAUUACUGGAGGAUGACACAUUUCUUCUCACUCACCCCUGGGGUGGUAACAGAGUCCAAUGCAAAUAGCCCUUGUCCCUGGCCAAGGGCAAAAGCAACCUAAUCCAUCUCUCUUGCUCCUGCCUCACCAAAUACCCUUCACACACACAGCCAGGCUUUUUUGUCCCCUGUUUUUCUUUUUAUCUUUUUUUGAUUAUUUUAGUAUAGGUAAAAGCCAGCAAGAGGUUUCUUGCCUUACUGGUCAGCAGGAGGCCUUGGCUGUUACUCCAAGUGCCUGUACUUGUCCCAGCACAUUAGCAUUCCUUUCAAAAAGCACAAGUUUCUGGUUAUCUCUGGCCUCCAGAAGAAGGUCCCAUGUGCACAUUCUCACUUGCAACUAAUCUAGGGAAAUGACCCAACUCUCCUACCUCUCUGUGCCUUUCUAGAAGGGUGGUCCCCUGGGCUUGAUGGCCAUGGCUGAUAGCAAUAGCGUAGGGUUCAGAUGCAUUUACAAUAUGUUGACUAUAUAUUAAAUUGAUUUGAUUACUGUCCUA